CGUAGGCGGACGUGGUUUCUGGGUGAGGGGUCGAGCAAUAGAAGUCUUUAAUGGAAAUAAGUGCAACGUUUGGGAAGUCGUGGUUCAGGAGAAAAACAGGCCAGUGUGUGUUUUGUCCUCGGAACAGGGCGAGGGAGGUGUGUGGACGUGAUGUGGUCCUUCCUUCAAAUGCAAGUCUCCUGUUCUUUCAGCAGUUUUAGCCUAUAGACCCUGACUUCCCAGCAGCAAAACAAUCAAUUGAAGGAAGAAGGAAGUUCCAGGAUUUGGGAAUUGUCAUUUCUGGGGACACUCUUCACCAGAGGCUGAUACAUCUGAGCAGAAAUUUAGACCUGAUCCAGAAGACACAAAGGACAGCAUCCCAGUUGCUGGUCAUUUCCCGAAAACAAAAGAAGAUAAUGAAGACACAGAGGUGAUGCGGUGGAUGAUGUCCUGAACAGCAGCAUUCUCAUAAAUGCAAAAGCUGGUUUCCUAUGGCUGUGUCUUCCAGGGUUCCUCAUAGACCCCUGUAGGAUUAGACCAGGUAAACUCAGUGGACACAGGAGACAAACGCAAGUUAAUCUGUAGACUCAGCCUUGUGGUGGUCUGUGUUUAUCCAGGAAUGAAAUGUAAACAUCCUAGGAAAAUGGAAGCAUUGCACAACUUUCAAACACUUCUCAACGAACCCAUGUUUGAAUACAGACUUGGAAGCAGGAAGUUGAAAGUACUCUUGUCUGGUAUCACUUACAUUCGAUGAUGUGGCUGUGAAGUUGACCUGGGAGGAGUGGCAGCUCCUGGACCCUGCUCAGAAGGACCUGUACCGGGACGUGAUGUUGGAGAACUAUAGCAAUCUGGUGUCUGUAGGGUAUCAAGUUAGUAAGCCAGAUGCACUAUCCAGGUUGGAACGAGGAGAACCACCAUGGAGUAUAGAAGACAAAAUCCAUACUCGAACCUUUUCAGGAGAGAGGCCCUAUAUAUGCAGUGAAUGUGGAAAAUGUUUCAUCCGAAAGUUAAGUCUCUUUGUUCAUCAUCGAACUCAUAGGCAAUUGUCCUAUGCAUGCAUAGACUGUGGCACAGUCUUUCUCAAGAAAUCAUGGCUCACUAGACAUCAGAACACGCAUAAAGUAAAGAAAUACUUUCAGUGCAGUGAAUGUGGGAAAGCCUUCAACCAAAAGCAACAACUAAAUUUCCAUGAAAGAAUUCAUACAAAAAAGAGACCCUAUGUCUGCAGUGUGUGUGGAAAAAAUUUUGCCUCCAUGCUUGAUCAUUUUAACCAUAAAUUAAUACACACAGGAGAGAAAUAUGUAGAUUCAGUCAAUGUGGAAGACCCUUCUGCAGCGAGUCACAGCUCAUCACAUACCAGUGAUCUAACACAGGAUAAAAACCCUGUUAGUACAGUGACUCUGCAAAUGCCUUCUGUGGCAUCUCAGUCUUCAUUAAACACCAGUGGACUCCUAACAAAUAGGAAUAUAGUCAUUGUGGGACAGCCUGUUGCCAGAUGUGAACCCUCAGGAAAUAACAGAGAGUUUGUACCGGAGAGAAACCUUAUUAAUCCAGUGAAUGUGGUGGUGCCUUCGGGGAUCAAUUAUGUCUUACUUUAUGUUGCAGAAAAUGUUACUCUUCAGCUAAUCUAGUGUAGUGCAGUGAAUUACUUAAUAUGGCCCCUCUACCCAUAGUCUUUGUGACUCCCACACAAUGAUUCUGUGGGACUAUACAAAUAAGGUGCUUGUGGCUCACCAACGGGAUUGGACAACUUGCUGCUAAUGCAAAUAAGAGGUAUGGAACUGGUGAUUUUAAGAUUAUUUGUCAACUUGGCUGGGCUAUGAUUUUCAGUGGUUUGACAGUUAUGUAAUGAUGUAAUUUGUCAGUUAUGUAAUGGUGUAGUCAUCCU